GUUCACCAAAAAUCUGUCGCCUGACAAGAUCAACCUGAGCACAUUAAAAGGGGAAGGUCAGUUGACCAACCUGGAGCUGGAUCAAGAGGUGCUUCAGAACAUGCUGGAUCUACCAACGUGGCUGGCUAUAAACAAGGUCUUCUGCAAUAAAGCAUCUAUUAGGAUACCAUGGACAAAAUUGAAAACACUUCCCAUCUCUUUGUCCUUGGAUAAAGUUGUAAUGGAAAUGAGUACAUGUGAAGAGCCUCGUGCCCCUAAUGGACCCUCUCCUAUAGCAACUGCAUCAGGACAAAGUGAAUAUGGCUUUGCUGAAAAAGUGGUAGAAGGAAUUUCGGUUUCUGUGAAUUCCAUUAUAAUAAGGAUUGGCGCAAAAGCCUUUAAUGCCUCAUUUGAACUUUCCCAGCUGAGAAUAUAUAGUGUAAAUGCAAAUUGGGAACAUGCUGACCUGAGAUUUACCAGAAUACAAGAAGCUCAACGUGGAGAGGUUUUGACUUUCAAAGAAAUCAACUGGCAGAUGAUCAGAAUAGAGGCAGACGCAAUCCAGAGCUCUAAGCAUGAGCUCAUGAGCGCUCCCGUUCGACUCAUUACCAACCAAUCAAAAAUCCGGGUCACGCUUAAACGGAGGUUAAAGGAUUGUAACGUAGUGGCAUCAAAACUGGUUCUGAUUCUGGAUGAUUUGCUCUGGGUUUUGACGGAUUCGCAGCUGAAAGCCAUGGUGCAGUAUGCCAAAUCUCUUAGCGAAGCCAUAGAGAAGUCAACUGAACAGAGGAAAAGCUUGGCUUCUGAAACGACACAGAGCUCUGCCCCUGCACCCAGCUCUCAGCAGGUGAAAGCACACCAGGCAGCGGCAGCACCCGAUCAGAAUGAUGCCAUUGUGAAGCUGUUCAAUGAUUAUGAUGUUAAGGAGACUUCUCAUCAUUUAGUAAUUUCCCAUUUGGACCUACAUAUUUGUGAUGAUAUCCAUUCUAAAGAGAAAGACUCAAAUAGACGUGUUACAGGAGGGGCCAUGCAGCUUUCCUUCAGCUAUUUAACAGUGGACUAUUAUCCAUUUCACAAAGCAGGAGACAGUUGUGAGCACUGGAUGCAUUAUAGUGAUGCCACUAAAGCCAGAAGUGGAUGGGCCAARGAAUUACUAAAUGAAUUCAAAAACAAUGUUGAAUUGCUUAAGCAGGCUGUGAAGGAUCAGGCUGUAGAUUCUCCUCCCAAAUCUCCACCUGCUUUAUCUCCUGAAAACCUACCAACAGGCAAGGAACAGAUACCGAAAGGAACAUCUAGGGCUUCCUCUGUAUCUUCCCAACAACCAAAGGGCAAACUGAUGUCUAGUCCUAUUGUGCUUAGACUUGCAGAUUUCAAUAUAUAUCAGGUCUCUACUGCCGACCAGUGUCGUUCUUCCCCUAAAACUCUGAUCUCUUGCAAUAAAAAGUCGCUUUAUCUUCCGCCAGAAAUGCCAGCUAUUCAUUUUGAAUUCACUGAAUAUUACUACCCAGAUGGAAAAGACUUUCCUAUUCCAAGUCCAAAUUUGUAUGGUCAGCUGAAUGCUUUACAGUUCACCCUGGAUGAGAGAAGUAUUCUUUGGCUAAAUCAGUUUGUGCUGGAUUUGAAACAGAGUCUUGUUCAAUUCAUGGCCAUGUACAAGUUAAAUGAUAAUUCAAAGUCRGAUGAACAUGUUGAUGUUAGAGUUGAUGGACUAAUGUUAAAGUUCAUCAUCCCAUGUGAAAGUAAACCUGAAAUUCAUAAGGAUCAACCACAAGCAAUUUCCAUUCAAAGCUCAGAAAUGAUUGCUACGAACACAAGAUACUCCCCAAACUGCAGACACUCAGAUCUGGAAGCUUUGUUCCAAAACUUCAAAGACUGUGAAUUUUUCAGUAGAACUUUCACUGCCUUUCCAAAGUCCCCACAGAAUUUUAACCUUUUGCAUCCCAUCUUCCAGAGACAUGCUCAUGAGCAAGAUACGAAAAUGCAUGAUGUUUAUAAAGGUUAUGUCACCCCGAAAUUGAACAAAUAUGCAUUGAAGACAUCUGCAGCUACUGAUGUUUGGGCCGUGCAUUUUUCCCAGUUUUGGAUAGAUUAUGAAGGAACGAAAAGCGGGAGAGGUCGACCAAUAAGCUUUGUGGACUCCUUCCCUCUUUCCCUUUGGAUUUGCCAACCAGUGAGAUUUGCAAAGUCACAAAAAGAGCUUUUAUCAAAUAAUCAGACAGCUUUUAACAUUCCCAAAAGUGAUUCUAGCGAUCUUGCCAAUAGACUGCAGCGCAAAAAACUUCUGAAGGAAUAUUACAGCGGUGAGACAGAGCCCUUGGCUAACGGUAUUCAGGUGCCUCACUUCCCCGACACUUCAGGAGCACUGUCUGAAAGUUCUUCCUCUAAUGCAGACAUUCAUGUUCUUGUCCAUGUUCAAAAGCAUGUAAGCAUGCAGAUCAAUCAUUACCAGUAUCUUUUCUUGUUGUUCCUCCAUGAAUCCCUUGUAUUACUCUUGGAAAACUUAAGAAAUGAUGUAGAAGCAGUGACAGGUAAACCUGCAAAGCAAACAGAUGUCUGCAUUGGGAUCCUACUGAAGAGUGCAGAAUUAGCCUUAUUGCUCCAUCCAUUGACUCGGGGAAACUCCUGUAAAUCCCCAGCUGUGGAAGAAGAAAGUCCCAUGGCAUCAGAGCUCUCCCCUUUGGAAAAUGGGGGAAGUCUUGCCUCAGAGAGUAAAUUAGGUAAUAAUAAGGUAGCACAAGAUGGUACUACUAAUUUUGAUGAUGCAUCUGACUGCAAGCCUAUGAGUGCUGAAGUUAGCAAAGGCAUUUUAAUGGAUCAACUUUUGUUUAAAUCGGACAGCAAUAUGGAUUUUCAGAAAGGAAUAUCAUUGUCAGAUGAUGCCUCAGAUAAAGGUUUGGGAGACACAAGUGAAGGAGGAAGCAGCGGACUUUUUAGUAGAAGUGAUUCAGAGGAGGUCUGUGGGCCAGUAGGUGACAAAAGCAACUUGCRUCAUAGGGACUCGGUAACCAUUUUGAGUAAGAGAGAAGAUUCUGCUGAAUUUUUCUUUGAAAAAGAGGAUGGCAAAAAUACCUUCUCAAGUAAGUUAAGUGAACAGGAGCGUACAACUGAAGGCUGCCCUAAUCAAGUCACUGACUUGGAAACAGAAACUGCCUUAGAAUCCGAAGAGCUUGAAAUCAACAAAGAAAAAGUGACCUCAGUUAAAACGUUUGCCUCCCAGUCUUCAUUAAGUGCAAAAUCUAAGGAACGCUGCCCAUCCAGCCUCCCUGCGUUCUCUGUUUCUUACAAGAAUAUGAAGAGAAGCCCRUCACAGGUCUCUCUGGAUACCAUUUCUAUUGACAGUAUGAUGUUAGAGGAACAUCUGAUAGAGAGUGAUGGAAGUGACAGCCAAAGCUUCCUGGAGAAAGGCAUUACAGCCACAAACUUACAAAGCCCAUCAGAACACGCCCAGGAAAGAAGUGCAGUGACGGAGAAUUGUGGCGGGUCCUCCCCGGAUGCCAUGAGUGCUGCGUCGGAGAAUGCACCCGAGACUAGUGAAGAAAUGAUGUCUGUUGUAGUUUUUCAAAUAUUUGGUGUUAAUGGUGAAAUUGAUAUCAGAGGUGAAGAUACAGAAAUAUGCCUUCAGGUCAACCGAGUGAUACCAAAUCAGUUGGGCAAUAUCAGUGUUCGACACUAUCUUUGCAACAGAACUGUGGGUUCGGASUGUAAGGUUGUGGCUGGACCAGUGAAUCCAUCACCUGAGAUUAGUCUGAGGUGGGAAAGUGGGCCGAGCGCUAUCGUCCACUCUCUGCUGGCUGUAAAAAAUGGCUUUCUUCAGUGUCAUAUAGAGAACUUCAGUGCGGAAUUUCUAACAUCUUCCCUCACAAAUAUUCAGCAUUUUCUAGAAGAUGAAGCUGUUGCCGCAGUGAUGCCUAUGAAGAUAAAAGUUUCUAAUGCRAAGAUUAAUUUAAAAGAUGACAGCCCUCGUGAAAAUCUCAAGGUAUCUGAACUGGUACCCAUAACGCUGCAUAUUGACAUACUCUCGAUAGAAAGAAAUGAUGAUGGCUCCUUUCUCAUUAGAGACAAUCAAAGAGUAAAUGAUGUGUCGAAGAUCAAGAAAUCAAGUGAUACAGUGCAACAAGCAGCUGGACCCGCCAGACAGAGAACACGGGACCAAGCCACACAGAUAUCUUGUGAUACUCCCAGACCUUAUACCUCAAGCAGGGAUUCAGCUGACUUCCUCAGAGAUCAGCUUAUUGAAGAAAAUGAAUGUCUCAAACAGGAACUAGCCAAAGCUAAGAUGGCUCUUGCAGAGGUCCAGAUGGAGAAGGAUGCCUUGCUUCAUCGUAUAAAGAAAAUGAAUGUUGAUCAUCAUCUGUAGGACAAUGUUCUCUUGGUGCAAGGAUGGYGGCAUCUAAAAUACUUUCGUGAAAUGCUGGAAGAAAUUAUGAUUCAGCAUUGUUUUUUUUUCAGCUCUUUUUAAACUGAUGUUGGAAAAAUCAGUACAUACUCUAUUAGUUUACUGAAGAGGAAAUGUAUACCUGUGACUUUUAAUAUUGUCCAAGAAGGUGUCAUUUUUAAAACAUUUUCAGAAAACUGGAUAGCUCAGCCAAGAAAGAAGAUGCCUGUGUGCAUAACUGAGCAAAACUUCCCAUGCCUCUUUCUACAGUACCUCUCCUGGUUAAGAUUGUGUUGUUUUGUUAUUAGCAGAAGGUACCUGUACAGGAAGUCACAUUUGCACUAUGAUGAUGUGGGUUAGAUCCUCCAUAAUGGCAUAGCUACCGCAAAUUCAAAUACCAGUAAUAACGUGGCCCUAAAUUCAGUAUGAUUUGCCCAAGGAAGAUGUUAAGAGGAAUCUUCCAGUGCUACAGAGCUUUUUGUACCCAUUCCAUAGAGGAUCCYGAAAUACCACAGUAAAUGAGAAUUUAUCAAGUGUUACUCUUGGAUUUUCUUCCUGCAUGAGAGUCCACUGUCUCAUCACAGCUGGUGCACCUUAUUUUUUCCUGCCUCUGUGAUGAGGAGAUCUAGGAGCCCCUCAGGAGGAUCUGGGAGUGGGUGAACGUCGAGCCUUCCGUCGUGUCGCGUGUAGGGCUGAGCCGCGCACACUUCCUCAGACAUGUCUGAGGAUUUGGUCCAGUGUAUUUAAAUAUGUAAUGUCAAUGCUUGUAAGAAGAAAAAAAAUCCUACUGGGAUUCAUUAAUUGUAUAUUGUUUUUUUGAUAUAAAAAAAAAACCAAGCUUCAGAGAAUCAUUAAUUACCCUAUGGAACUGUGAGAUUACAUGAUAUGUAAUUAUACAGUUGAAACCAUGGGUGAUUUGUAUAAAUUGAAUGAUAAUUUUCAGCUAAAAACUGGUACAAAUAAAAAAGCACAACACUGUAAAAUAUAGAAUAUAAGAGUGUGCUUCUAAACAAUGUAGGGAACGUCAAACAAAACGCAUACAUGCCUAUGAAAUACUGUAUUUGCUAGGAGUAAAAAUGACUGAAGAAUUUAACUAGUGACCUUGAAUCUGACAAGUGAAAAUCUUUUAAUUGCUACUGCAGUUGUUUCUACACCAUGGGAUAUUUGAGGGAAGUUUUGUUUGUAGAUAUGCAGAUAAAUCUCGAAAAGUAUUUAAUAUCCUGUGGUUCGACUUUGCAUAUUCAAGCUAUCAAACUAGUUUUAAUUAAACUAAUUUUGAUUAAAACUUUUUGGAGGACACACAUAAUUUGCACUGCUGAAAAUAGUUACAGAAAAUAUUUGGAUUUUAAUCAGAAAUUUUACGGAAGAACUGAUUCAGGCACUAUUUAAAAGCUUGCUUCCCAAGACCCUGGUUGAAAAUCCCUUUCAUGCCAUGGAAAUUUUUAUCUGAACAGGGUAAAUGACCCUGAAUAAGAUGAAAAAAAAUAUAUAAUUGAGACUGUGUUUCUCCUAGAGAAACUUAAUAUUUAUAUUUCGGAAAGGUAUUAAAGGCAAUGCAGUAUUGAAUGUGGGUAGUCCAAAUUAAAAGAAAUAUAAUGUCA